AAUAUUUAUUUUUUGAAUACAUUUGAAUAUUCAUCUAAAUGUUAACCUGUGAGAUAUGUGACCGCAUCGAUCGUCCUUGCUAAAAGGAUCUAGAAAAGGGGGGAGGCCAUAUAAAACCAAAUUUUUCAGAAAAAUCAAGUCAUUCAGCACCGGCGGCAACAUGAAAUUUUUGGUGCUCGCAUUCGCCCUCGUGGCCGUAGCCACAGCUAGACACACUGGCGCGAAAAAAAUCGCCCGCCAAAGUUUGUUCGCCAGUCCCACACCACCCACCGGCGCUCAACAGCUGCCCGCCGACGGAACAGCCGCCCCAUUCUUGAACAACUUCAACUUGAACAGCGGUCCCAGCGUACACUACUCCAUCGAUGCCAGUUCUUUGGCCGGUUUGGACGCCUCCAAACUCGACCAGUUGAUGUUGGAUGUCUCUGGUUUGGGCGAAGAACACGCCGAUGUUAAACAACUCGGAAGUCUUUCUCUGUCUGCUUUGUCCCAGUUGAAGAACGGCAUUUCCGCUACGGCUCUUCCCGCUUUGGCUGGCGCCUUCAAAUCUGGAGGUAACGUACAAGUUUUAGCUGAAAGCAACACUCCCUCAUCCGUUGAUCUUGGAUUCAACUCUGUAAGCUCCACCACCGCUUCGCCACUUGGUGUUGAUUUGGGUUUUAACUCUGUAAGCUCUACCACCGCCGCUCCUCUUGAUGUUAACCUAGGUUUCAACUCCUUCAGCACUACCCCUGCUCCUCUUGCAUACAAUAACUUGCAAUACUCUACCACCGCAUCUCCUUUGGCCUUCAACAAUUUGGCUUUCUCCACCACUCAAGCUCCCUUGUCUUACAACAAUUUGCAAUACUCCACCACCGCAUCUCCAGUCAACACUUUCUUGAACUCAAUCUCUACCACACCAUCUCCAUUAUACUCCAACAACUUGGGUUUGAACAACUACAACUUGGGUAACUUGGGAAUAAGCUCCUACAACCAAGGACAAAGUGGUAGCUACAACUUGGGUAACUUGGGGGUAAGCACCUACAACCAAGGAGAAAGUGGUAACAUCCAACCAAUCUUCCAAUCCAACUUCAACGACCAAUUCCAACCUGAAUCGCAAGGCGUCGACAAGCAUUUGUACUUCUACUCAGCCCCGGAAGACGAGGAAAUUCCAGCUCCACGCAUCAUCCUCCCGCAAAAACAAAAGAAAAACGUCAAGGUAAUCUUCGUUAAAGCCCCUACCUUCAAACACGCUCCAACACCAAUCAUCGCGCCGCAAGCCCUUCAGAAACCAGAAGAGAAGACCGUUGUGUACGUUUUGGUUAAGAAACCUGAAGCUCCAGCACCAAUCGUACUCCCAACUCCACCACCAACUCAACCCAGCAAACCUGAAGUUGUGUUUAUCAAGUACAAGAACCAACAGGAAGCCGAGCAAGCCGUAAGCGAGAUCCAACAACAGCAAAACGAAGGCAUCGAGGCAAACCUCAGAUUGAACAACGGCGUUUCCGGUAGCUCUCACUACUCCUCCUCCGAUUUCUUAAGCUCCAUUGGACAAGGUUCCAUCCAAGAACGUUUCGGAGGUUUGUCGCCAGUAAACAACUUUGGUUUCAAUACCUUCUCUACCUCCACCGCCAGCCCAAUCAGCUUCAACAGCUUCUCCACUACCCCUGCACCUUUGCUCAACGGUUUUAACACUUAUUCAUCCUCCGCCGCCCCAGCUAUCUUCAACGGUUUCAACACUGUAUCAUCCACACCAGCUCCAUUGUUCAACAGCGGUUUAUAUUCUACCACAGCAGUCCCAGCCUUUAAUGAUGCUUCUUUCGCAUCUUCCACAGUUGCACCAUUCAACAGCGGAUUCAACGAUGCAGCCAUUGUUUCUUCCACUCCAGCUGCCUUCAAUUUCAACUCGUACAGUACCACCCCAAGUCCACUGAACAAAGUAAACCUUUUCAACAACGCAUUUAACUCUGCCAAUCCAAGUGUGUCUCGUUUGAACAACGGUUUGUCCGGUUUUAACUCCAUAAAUAGCUUGGCAUCUUCUUCUACUCCAGCCCCAGAGGUUAUUGAAUCAUCCACUCCUUCAUCGGUGUCCUCCACCACUGGUGCCGCCGGUACCCUUUUCGAUAGCUUCGGAAUCGACAAUGAAGAACAAGAAAGCGGAAGCGAGAACACAGUCUCAAUUGCUGCACAUCCGGUGUACGGAGUGCCAAAAUUCAACAGCAAGAAAUAAAAUAUUUAGAUAUAUUUAGGAUAAUUUAAUUAAUUUAUAUAACUAUGAUAAAAAUAAAGACUUGAUGUAUAUAAUUUUAAAAUAAAAAUCGAAAAAUA